UGAAAGGCAGCUACGGCAAGCGAACGCGGUCAGAAACAGCGGCGCUGAGUAAACACCAGCAGGAGUUCAUCAUAACUGAACUGUGUCUGAGCAAACAGUACGACUAUUGACCCAUCAAUUUUGUUUCAUAGCUGUGUAAUGAGAUUUCAGGGAAGACAUCUGAGAUUAUGGGGCUGGUUCCUGCUCUGGUCCAGCUUCAUGUUGUCUGUUUGGACGCAUGGUGGACAACAUGCAGAACCAGCUGGAUCCAACCAAGUGCACCCACCAAUUACCCGACUGGACAGGAACAUGGUUCAGGAUAAAGAUCACAUCAUGGAGCACUUAGAAGGAGUGAUUGAAAAGCCAGAGUCUGACAUGACACCUCAAGAACUGCAGCUUCACUACUUUAAGAUGCAUGACUAUGAUGGCAACAAUCUGUUGGACGGACUUGAGCUAGCUACUGCCAUUACCCAUGUGCAUAAGGAGGAAAGAGGAGAGGAUGGCCAGCCAAUGAAGGAAGAGGAUCUCAUCAACCUCAUUGAUGAUGUCCUCAGAGAUGAUGACAAAAACAAUGAUGGCUACAUUGACUAUGCAGAGUUCGCGAGGUCUUUGGAAUAAAUGAAGACGGAAUGCACUGCCACACUGUGAAUGCAGAAUACCUCUGAUGUACAGAUGCACAUCCAUCCAUGUGUGUGCCAUUUCACAGGAACAGUAUAUUCAUGUUCCGUUAAUAACAAGUAUAAAAUGUGUAGAAUUAAAUGGUGAGGGUCAUGUGGCAUGAGAUGUGUGGGUUUUUGCAAUCCGUACAAUAUUUUUAGUGUUGCACCCACCCAUCUGUACAUCUCUUGUCAGAAUGUGAUGCAUAAACUGCCAAAUUAAUCCACUGUAAACAACCGUAUAUGAUGUUGUUACUGUUGUUACUGAAUAAAUGCUUUGCAGUGACAGCAGAUGGCUAUAUAAAGCAAAAGUGGGAGAUGAUUGACAGCUUGUUUUUUUCUGAAAAUCAGUUUUACUGGGAUUAGAAAACUGACUUCAAUUUAAAAUGAGCUGGGAUUUUUGUUAAAGGUUUAAACCCACAUUACUUUCACAAGAGGUGUUAAACAGAAAGCUAUCAUUCACCUUCAGUGUAUGGAAAAAGAAACCAUCAACUUUCCUUUCACUUUUCCAACAGCUUUCCUUGUUUUGAGCAGAAAAUGGGAUUUAACACACAUAAUGAUAGAAUAAAAUGCUUAAUAAGAGCACUUUACAUGGAGAGUUUAUAACAUCUACCAGUUUUACCAAUAACUUUGCCGAGUGCCUGUUUGUACUGUCAGUCCAAAGCACAUUAACUAUUUUUGUGAUCUGAAUGUUACUAGGGAUGCACCGAUACCAAGCUCAUGUUCUCGUACUCGUAUAGAUACACCGAUACCAAAGACCGAUACCUCACCGAACUGACUGAAAUGUGUGCUUUGAAAGUUUGUGACAAGCACAUAAAAUUGUCUUUUUUUCAUAAUGAGUUUUGAGGCAGAGUUAUUAGUUUCAGUGUGUUGUGCUUGGAAAAUUGGCACCUUACAAAAAAAUACAGGCAUCGGUAUCGGCGAGUACCAGAAAUAAAUAUUGUUACUUGUAAUUCCUUGGUCUUUAAAAAAUGGUAUCGGAGCAUCCCUAAAUGUUACUUUGCUUGAUUUUAGACGUACAAAAGGACAGAAUUAUUAUUGUAAUCAAUGCCCAUUGCAAUGUUUUAAUUAUCUAUUUAGGUUCAUUGAUAAGUUGCUAUAACAAUUUCUAAUGCAGAAAUAAGAAUGUCUUUGUAAAGACAAGAAUAGUUUUUCUUAUAGAGACUGAAUGUAAACAUUGUGACUAUUUGUGUCAUACUGUAUCAUAAAAUCAUACUGUGUCGUAAAAUAUCUACAUCUUUUCUUUAACAUACACAAUUGUUCAUUUAUUUCUACCAAAGUUGUGACUUGAUGAUGACUUUGAACAGAAAUGUAAUUGAGGCUGUACACAUGCUCCAUUGUACAUUGGUUUUGGUGUUUGCAAUUGUCCUUAAAGCACUGUGUGAAUGAGUUGCUCAAUGUACUGAAGAGAUGCAAUGCUUUUUGAUUUAGAAGGGAAAUCUAUAUAAAUUUUAUUAUUUUGUCCAGGUCAAUACAGCAAUAACUGAAAAACAAUGUGUGUGUUUGUAGCUAUAAUAAAGAAAAUGUCAAUCUU